CCGGGAGCCUGCUGCAAAAAACCCAUCGAGAAUUUUCCUUACAUUUUUCUAUAUUUUCUCUUCUUCCAUUUUCACCAUUUUGUUGGUGCUACUCAAGCUGAUCUGAGAAAAUUGUUCGUCUGGUUUCUGCAUAUUUCUGCUUCGAUGUUCUUCUGCUGUGCGGCUUCUACCUUUCAUCGACGUAUAUGAUGGCUACCAAUAGAUUACUCGUGGCCGUGACUAAAACCACUCUAAUAUGUGUAUGCGAAUUGAGGUUGCUGCGGGCUCUAAUCCCCGAGAGGGGAAAUUGUGAUUAAAAAACGUGUUUGCGUUUGGCGUUAGUAGAUCUACAGGAAAUGGGUCUUCUUUUCACAAAUUUUCAAACCAAUUCAUUGGAGGGCAAGGAUAAAACACGAGAAUGUGAACACAAAUGCAUUUUGAUAAAUGUACCCUCAAAACGGACUUAAUCCGCAAACGUAAACCAUCUUUUCACUUCAGCCAAUACAUUUGCUGAUUUUGUUACUUAGGAAACGCAAAAAGAUAAGAAAACACACGAAAGGAUUUUUGCUGAUCCUUCAAUUUUAAUUGGACAACCAAACCAUUUACCAGUUUUUUAAGCUUUUUCCUGCACUCAGACAGUUAUGCAAUACAAUUUGUUAAUUGCUUUUUUUACCCAAAUCUACUGACCAAAAUACUUCCAAUCAUAAAAUGCACCCAUAAUUUUAUUCAAAAAUUACUUAAUCGGUUUUUCGAUCUGCUAAACACUGUAUAUCAACAACAACACGAGAUUAGGGAAUGUGAGAGCAACGAAAAUCAGAGCAAGAAGAGGAUGCCUACAAACUUCUACAGUACCAAUGGCGAGGAUAAGGACCGGAUCCAUCUGCACAUCGUGCGAGGAGACACCGACACCUCCCCUGAUGAGCGGCACUUCCUCAAGUCCGUCGAAAAGGGCGACUUCUCUAGUGUCCAGAACUUUCUAGAAGAGUCCGCCAUCUACUUCAACAUUAACAUCAAUUGCGUGGACGCUCUUGGCAGAACCGGACUCAUCAUUGCAAUCGAGAAUGAAAACAUGGACAUCAUUGAACUUCUGCUGUCUUACAAUGUUGAGCUCGGAGACGCUUUGCUAUUUGCAAUUGAAGAGGAAGUGCCUCAGGCAGUCGAGGUGUUGCUCAACUACAGGGUUCCCAAGGCCUCCAAGAAGGAUCAGAUGGCACUCAUGAACGGAGGCAAGAAGCAGGAAAGUAACUUCACCCCCGAUAUCACGCCCGUGAUCUUGGCUGCACACACCAACAAUUACGAGAUUCUGAAGACAUUGAUUGCACGGGGUGCAACUAUUGUGAAACCACACGGCGUGAAAUGCAGCUGCUACGAGUGCGUGCACAGUGCAACUUUUGACAGUUUGAGACACUCUCAGACUCGAAUGAACGCCUACAGGGCACUGGCUAGCCCCUGUUUAAUGAUUCUAUGUAGCGAUGAUCCCUUUCUGACUGCUUUUGAGAUCAGCUGGGAGCUGUAUCAUUUGAGCUUUGGAGAAGUCGAAUUUAAAGAAGAAUACCAACGCCUGGCACACCAGUGCAGCAAAUUUGCGGUGGAUCUUCUGGACCAAACGAGAGGCAGUCAGGAGCUUAAAACUAUUCUGAACCGAACUACCGAUCCAAUUGAAAUUCUAGACUUGGAAGAUAACGCAGACAGUGAAAAAGAGAACAUGAACUUGUCCCGGUUCAAACUGGCUAUAGAUUACAGACAAAAAGAGUUCGUAGCUCACCCAAACUGCCAGCAGUUGCUGAGUCACAUGUGGUACCAAGGUAUCCCAGGCUGGAAGCAAGGAAACUGGAUUUACAAACUGGCCUUCACUCUUCUGAUCUCGUUCACUUUCCCUUUCACUUCAAUUUUGUACGUCUGCUUUCCGUUCCUCAAAUCCGCGGCUGUUCUGAAGAAUCCGUUCGUCAAGUUCAUAAACCACAGCGCAUCUUACAUUAUGUUUCUCGUUCUUCUCGUGUUGGCUUCUACUGAUACUUUCAACGACUUGGACGAGAACGAAACCCGAUCCCGUCCACCGAACAUCCCCGAGUGGAUUAUCGUGACAUACGUAAUGGCGUUCAUUUGGAACGAAAUGAAGGAGAUUUACGACAGUGGAUUCCUUGCUUAUUCAACUGACUUGUGGAACAUCAUGGACUUCAUUCAAAACUCACUUUACUUAGCAACUAUAUCACUCCGACUGGUCGUCUAUUUCGGAGACACCCGUGAAAUCAAGCGAGACCAGAUGAUUUCCAGUGACCCGAUGCUAGUAGCCGAAGGAUUGUUCGCAGUGGCCAAUAUCAGCAGCACUCUUCGCCUUCUGUUUCUCUUCACGGCUAACUCACAGCUCGGACCCCUGCAAAUAUCUCUCGGGCGCAUGAUCAUCGACAUCAUGAAGUUCCUCUUCAUCUUCGUCCUGGUUCUAGUGUCUUUCGCCAGUGGUAUGAACCAGUUGUUGUACCUCGAAUACCGCUACACUGAUGCCGGAGAAGCCAUAGAUGGGUGCAAAGGCGUGACAUGUGACCAACAGAACAAUGAAUUCUCCUCGAUCUAUCAUUCGAUGAUUUCACUCUUUUGGACUGUAAUGGGAAUCGUCAACUUGAGCGCUAUAUCAGUAAACACUAAGCAUGCCUUUACUGAACAGAUGGCAAUGUUUAUGUACCUCGUAUACCACAUAAUCGCGAUUGUUGUGCUGCUGAACAUGCUCAUUGCGAUGAUGAAUUUGUCUUAUGAGCAAAUAGAGACGAAAAGUGAUAACGAAUGGAAGUUUUCACGCUCUCGGCUUUGGAUGAGUUACUUCGAGGAAGGAAAGACAGUUCCACCUCCCUUCAACAUCAUCAUAUCUCCAAAAUCAGUAUACAAGUUCGUCCUGCGAAUCCGCACGCUAUGCGUUUCGGAUCUUCAGGAGCUGAAGCAACGCCAGAAAGCCACCAAAGUACAAUCAAAGAUGAGAGAAUUAGAACGAAAAUAUCAAGAUGUGAUGACUAAUUUGACACAGCGAUACAUUGCGAACUUGAAAAAGUCUCAAGACUACGCGCCGGUAACUGAAGAUGACUUGAACGAGAUUAAACAGGACAUUUCUGCGUUUAGAUAUGAGGUUAUCGAACUCCUACGACGAAGCGACGGCGAAGACGAAGCCGGGACAACCACUCGAAAAGCAAACGGGAUGCGCACUUCAGGUACAAAAACAGGCGGAAACAAGACUAAGGCGUCGAGCAAAGGAAGAAAGUCUGUGGUUGCUGCUAACAUGCAUAGCGGCGCCAGUGUCGACAGCAUGGCAACAUCAGACGUCAUUGUUAAUGGAGUCAGUGCGACAGGUCAAGGUCAAAAAGUAGUAAAACUGAAGCCAGCAGAGAAAGAAAAAGACGAGAUUAACACGGGACCAACAGCAUACAAAAAAGAAACUCUGUUCAAUUUCGAAACCAGCGACGAGCUUGUUAACAUGCACAAUUUGACAUCACAGUAUAUGCAAGGAAACAUCAGCAAUACAAUUAACACCAAUUUAAUCAACAACACGAUGCUGUUCAAAACGGACAAUCAGAAUGAAGGCGUGGGUUACACUAUGAUGCCGGCAUAUUACGACAAUUCACAUGAGGUGUUUCGACAGCCAUUUGUUCUUGUUCAGAGUCAAGAGAACCCAAAUGAAUUCCGAGUUCGCCGAAUAGAUCCGCCUGUUGAACGAGAGGAGCCGAAGCCUGAGUUUAUGGACCAGAUGAGUACCCAUCCAUGUGACAUUGAAGGUCACUCGGGGUUCAGUAGUCCUCGGAGACCAAGCAUUGCUUCGAAUAGAUCAACCGGGUCACAAAAGUUUGCAACAUUUCAGAGCGGUGGCAUGAGUGGGUUCCCAAAUAAAGAACAAAACCCAAGUGAGAGUCUAGAAACGGAUGGCAAAAAUAUCAACGAAAUAGAAUUUGAGUCGGUUACUCCUAAAAGCCAACACGAAAAUGACUCUCUAGGUAAAUUGAAAGAGGAGAAGGAGUCACAAGCAGCAGACGUUUCUAUUUUGGACUCAAACGUCGGAAUUGAUUCUGAACAUAAGAACGAGAAGGAAGUGCGCAAAUCGGAUACAAAGGAAACCCUGUUGAGCACGGGUGAAUCUCUCAAGUCAGAUGAGAUAAUAAUGAGAACCGAGGAUGUCAAAUCGCUGACAGAAACAAAUCAAAAAACCAAACUUGGGACCAAAAAUAGAACCGAUUCAUUUGAGAUGAAGAAAAAGACAGCCCCUUUGACUCCGCACGUGACUGAAAAGUAUCCCCAGGGGUACACAGAGUACCAGGGCAUCAAGUUUCUGCCCCCUAAGACUCCUAAAUUCACCCCCAUUACGCUAAAUGGAACCACUAAUGGGGUAGGUAUUCCAAAACUGACCAAGCCGCUUCAGGAUAAUGCCACUUCUGCAUCAACAACCAAAUAGACCACUGCGAAGCGCAAAUUCUCAGUAAACUUAUUUCAUUUAUCUCGCCUAACGAACCAAAUCAUGGCUAUUUCAUCAGACUUCUAACAUAUCUAAUAAAAACCUCCUCUCGUUAAGCUGCUAAUACGGUUGUUUGAAAUUAUUUGAUGAAAAAUAAUAUUAUACCAACACAAGCAAAUGAAAUUGCAGAGUUCUUGCUACCGUGUCUGUAAAAAAUAUUCCACAUACGAUUUUUUUUCUCCAAAAACAGGAGAACAUACAAUCUU